AGUUGGGUGCUUUUUGUUUUGGCGUCCUCUUCACCACCACCACCACCAUCAUCUCCUUUUCUCUUACAAUUUUCUCUCUCCUCCAUACUUUCUGAAAAAAAAAACCCUAAAUUCUUUUUCACCCCAUUUCAAUUUCCUCUCUCCUCCCUUCCCCGGUUUCCGAUCUCUCCGAUUCUUCGCCGAUUUAUGCUGGGUCGACUCAAUGGGUGACCCGGCCGAUUCACUGGCACGGUAAAAGUAGUGUUGAGUGUUGCUGUUCUUCGUAGUUGAGUGAAUUAGAAGCUUCUAGAUGUGCGGAAAUGGCGGCUUCUCUUACUGCAUUUGAACGUCCUAGACUCGGUCCUUCUAAUACGGUCUUUAAGAGUGGACCACUUUUCAUCUCGUCCAAAGGAUUGGGUUGGAAAUCUUGGAAAAAGCGUUGGUUUAUUCUGACGCGCACAUCUUUAGUUUUCUUUAAAAAUGACCCUAGUGCUCUUCCUCAAAGAGGUGGAGAAGUAAAUUUGACACUGGGUGGCAUUGAUUUAAACAAUUCAGGAAGUGUUGUUGUACGAGAGGACAAAAAGUUGCUGACAGUGCUUUUCCCUGAUGGGCGUGAUGGUCGGGCAUUCACGCUUAAGGCUGAGACAUCCGAAGAUUUAUAUGAAUGGAAGACAGCCCUGGAGCAAGCUCUAGCACAGGCACCAAGCGCUGCCCUUGUGAUGGGUCAUAAUGGCAUAUUCCGAAAUGACACAAGUGAUGCCACUGAUGGAUCUUUUAAUCAAUGGAGGGAUAAGCGUCCUGUUAAGUCAUUGGUUGUUGGACGACCAAUCUUGCUUGCUUUGGAGGAUAUAGAUGGCGGACCUUCUUUUUUGGAGAAAGCUCUCAGAUUUCUUGAAACUUAUGGGACUAAAGUGGAAGGAAUUUUGCGACAGUCAGCAGAUGUUGAAGAGGUGGAGCGCAGAGUCCAAGAUUACGAACAAGGCAAUAACGAAUUUGAUCCCAACGAGGAUGCUCAUGUUGUCGGUGACUGUGUGAAGCAUGUCCUUCGUGAGCUUCCUUCUUCUCCUGUUCCAGCAUCUUGCUGCACUGCUUUGCUUGAGGCUUACAAAAUCGAUCGUAAGGAAGCACGGGCGAAUGCUAUGCGAUCAGCAAUUCUGGAGACGUUUCCUGAACCUAAUAGGCGAUUGUUGCAAAGAAUUUUGAAAAUGAUGCACACAGUUGCUUCUCAUUCUUCUGAUAAUCGAAUGACUCCAUCUGCUGUUGCUGCUUGCAUGGCCCCUUUACUUCUACGUCCUCUUCUAGCAGGCGAGUGUGAGCUGGAUGACGACUUUGAUAUGAAUGGUGAUAAUUCAGCCCAGCUUCUGGCCGCUGCAAAUGCUGCCAAUAAUGCUCAGGCGAUUAUUGCAACUCUUCUGGAGGAAUAUGAGAAUGUCUUUGAUGAUGAUAGUUUACAGAGAUGCUCUAUUUCAGCUGACUCUCGGAUUGAAAAUAGUGGGAGUGAUGAUUCCACAGAUGAUGAAAAUCUGGAGGUUAAAGGAAAUGGGUAUCAUAAUGCUGAGAAUGAAGCAGACCAAGAAACCGAUGAUGACCAAGAACGUGUGUUGAGUGGUAAACUGAGUGAAAGCAGUGGCUAUGGUGGCAGUGACCUUUAUGACUAUAAGGUUCAGGCUUUUGGAGGUGAUGAUUCUGAUGGAUCGCCCAGAUCCAAUAAUGCGUCUUCUGUCAACUCUAAACCUUGCACAGAUACUCAAACGUUAAGGGAUUGUAACGGCGAGUUAAGUGAACACAAUAAACCAGUAAAGGUGACUGAAAGCUCGACAAAUGUGGAUAGUCCUAAGCUACUUACUGGGGAAUCUUAUCGUUCAAUGGGGGAGAUAUUGUCAUCGAUGGAUCCAGGACCUCCGCUACCCAUUACAGGUCCCGAAUUGAGUGCUGAAAAACCAACUAGUAAACUCGUAGUUUCUGGUGUGAAGCGGUCAAAUUUUUGGAGCAGAGGCGCUGUCCGUAAAACGCCGUCUAUGGAGUCAGUUGAUUCUUCAGGAGAGGAAGAACUUGCCAUACAGAGGCUUGAAAUUACAAAGAAUGACUUGCGACACCGAAUUGCCAAAGAGGCAAGGGGAAAUGCGAUAUUGCAAGCUAGUUUGGAGAGAAGGAAACAAGCUCUGCAUGAGCGACGUUUAGUGCUUGAACAAGAUGUUCAAAGAUUGCAAGAACAGCUACAAGCUGAAAGAGAUCUUAGAGCUGCAUUGGAGGUUGGUUUAAGCAUGUCCUCUGGACAACUACCGAGUUCACGUGGUAUGGAUUCCAAGACAAGGGCCGAGCUUGAGGAGAUUGCUCUUGCCGAGGCAGAUGUAGCUCGAUUAAAGCAAAAGGUGGCCGAAUUGCACCACCAACUCAAUCAGCAACGGCAGCAUCAGUUUGGUUCGCUAUCUGAUGCAUGUGACAGGAGAUUCCUUCAGCAAGAUUUUGAUAGUACCCUUGCCUUCUGUAAUCAUGAAAGGAAACAACGAAGUGAGGAGGGUUCGCUGCUGCCGGAGUGGGGUCACGUCAAGGGACAGGGACAGGGACAAAUGUCCGCUACUGGAAGCAGCAGCCGGCAGCCUCGCAAGCAGUUUCUAGAGGCAAGUAGCUUGAGUGAUUCAAAAAGUACCGAACAAUCCGCCAACAUGUCCUUUGAUGAAUUUGGUGGUGUUGAUUCUGCUUCUAUUCCAUCCACUUCGAGGGUACCAGAGGUAUUGGAUUUCCCCCGACACCCGUCAGCAGCAUCAUCUACAUUAGUAGAGUUAACAACCCGACUCGACUUUUUCAAGGAACGAAGAUCUCAACUGAUGGAACAACUUCACAACCUCGAUUUGAACUACGGGGUAGCAACCUCUCAAGACUAUUUGUACAGACCAUCUUCCCCGUCAUGGAGCUGACCGUGUCUCCACAUUGCUCAACCCAGAAAAAUAUCAAAGAGAUAAGCCUGAAUAAGUCUGGUGUUCAUUAUUUUGUACAUCCUUUUUACUGAUUGCAUAUAGUUUCUCCUGUAAUUUUUUUUCUUUUUCUGAGUGAUUUCUGCUUUUGACCUUUCUUUUUUAAAAUUUAGAGAGUUUUGUGUUAAUUUUUUAGUGUAUUUUGGUCGUGAAAUCGUGGAUUUGGACAUUUUUCUCUUUCAUUUUUCCGGUUUUUAACCUUUUCUUUAAGGUUACCAUGUAGAAUGGUAGCUUGUAUUGUAUGUGUAUAUCAUUGUUUUGUAUCAAAGUAUAAAAAAAAAGAACGAAGAAAAUAGAACUUGAACGAUGUAUUUAGUAUUUUAAUAAGUAGAAUGGUUAUCUUCUUAUAA